UGUCCUGAGCCUCCUCUGUGACGCCCCCUGGUGGUCACCAUCCCUCCAUGCUGGUCUGCAGCGUCUUCGACUUCUACCCCCAACACAUCAAGGUGAGCUGGAUCAGAGACGGACAGGAAGUCACCUCUGAUGUCACUUCCACUGAUGAGCUGGCAGACGCUGAUUGGUACUACCAGAUCCACUCUCACCUGGAGUACACGCCCAGGUCUGGAGAGAAGAUCUCCUGUGUGGUGGAGCACGCCAGCCUGAAAGAACCUCUGAUCACUGACUGGGACCCGUCCAUGCCUGAGUCUGAGAGAAACAAGAUCGCCAUCGGAGCCUCAGGACUGAUCCUGGGUCUGAUCUUGUCUCUGGCUGGAUUCAUCUACUACAAGAGGAAGGCCCGAGGAAGGAUUCUGGUUCCCAGUAACUGAUCCUGGACCUGAUCUCGGACCUGGUCCUGGUUCUGGUCCUGUUUGUCAGCUGCUGCUUUAACCUGCUUGGUGUGUUUUCAGCUCAGCAGCUGGUCAGUGCUGCCCCCUGCUGUACCGGCUGAACACCUGAUUGUCUGAUGAUCUGUACUCUGAUCCUCUGCUGGUCUAAACUCUGAUCCAGGACGGUCCUGUUCACUGGAGGACUGAAGUCCUGGACCAGGUUUAGUCUGGACUCUGGAUCUGGACUUUACUUCUCUCCACACACUGACUCUGCUUUGAAAUCAGAUAUAAUCCAGUGAUUUGAGUGAUUUGAUAUUUCUCCUGCAGUCAAACGCUUUGUAACCAAAUCAAUCAAACAUCAAUAAACAGGAAGUGUCUCAUU